UUCCUAACAGUGUGAUUGUAAAAUCCACAUUUGAUCAACUUCUGUUUGAAUCAAAUGUCACCACUGUGGCUGCUUGUUGUAUCUUUUCCUCCUUUUCUUGCUCUUUGAUCCGGUUCACACGCAUGCACUCACCACCUCUCUGUCCUUUUCUCUCCUUCUGCCUACCCUGCAGUCCUCAUGUUCAACCACACACUCCUCCACAGCUUCCCAAGUCCCCUCUCUUAGAGACCCCCCCACUGGUGUUUGCCCCUGUGGACCCCACCUCAGGUCCCAGACUGGUGAAAGGGGAGAAGUGGAUGCUCCUGGGGCGCCAAGACCCCCGGGAGCCCCCGGACCCCAUUGAUUAUGAAAGUAUUUGCCCGGACUUGGAGAAUGAUGACAUGUUUGCCAGGCGAACCCUUGCCUUCCAGUCCAACACAAACUUGGCUAAACUGAAGACUCUGCUGACUUGCAGACAUCGCCGCUGCACCUCUGAGCCGCAGCUCAACAUUGUCACCCAGAAACCCGUUCGUGGAGGCGCCGAGGAAACUGAGUUCCCAGACAUUGAGCAGGACGAUGUGGUGUUUCGUAGGGAAAAAACCCAGCAGGCACAGCAACAGCGACCACUCUCAGGAGCACCUGACAACUAUGCCCCGAUGCCCAUCCCAGAGCCUUGGGCACUGCCUCCUGACCUCAAGUCCAGACUCCUCUGCCCCCCAUGUCCCCUGACUCAUAAAGCAGCAAUACCGAACCUGAAUGAAGUUGAUAAGGAGGCCCGUCCUGAAACGGAUGACAUGCUAAUUCGAAAGUUCAGAAUCUGUUCUGAUCAGAGCCAGAGCUCCGCUUCAUCAGCCAGUCAGAAAACCCCUUCAGUGCCUUCUUCCUGUAGCAAAGAAGACCUGCAGAAAUGGCAGGCAAUCAGGGAAGCUAGUCAGUUAAGACAUAAGAAAAGGCUUUUGGUGGAAAGGCUAGCUGCUCUGAAGCUGUAAAGGAAAAAAAAAGAUUGACGUAAGAGUGGCUGUAGACUUUUUUCCCUGCAUGUUUGUCUUGUUGUUUCUGUGCCAUUUCAGACUUUCAGUAAUUUUUGUUUGAUACUGAAUUGUUCUGUUCUGGCUAAGAUUUAAAGUCCUUCACAGUCAGCGAGGCGAGUUUUACACAGUUAAAUGCUUGUUUCUGAAAACUAUUUGCUGCCUUCUACGUUCACUUGAUCAGACAUGGGUAUUUCAAAGUAAGAGUGAAGAAAAUGUGGUGAAAUUAAGCACAACAGCAGCUUAGAACUUGUUCUAAAUGUUUGUUGUUCCCUCAGAGUUGAGUGCUUGAUGUGGUCAAUUUUACUUCUCAAACUCAUGGCGUGUAAAGACUGAGACAUUACCUACACAAUAAACCAACCAAGAUUGUGUAUUUUGAGUUGUGAUGUAUGGAUUUUUUAAAAAACAUAAUGAUUUGGUGUAUCAUUUGCAAAACAGCCCUGAAAAGAAAUCUGCCUUUCAUCUUUUCUUAUCUGACAGUUUACCUACAUAUGGAAAUUAAAACAUUCAUGCUUAAUAAAAGGAAAAAGCAACUUGUGAGUAA